GUUCGAAGCACAUUCUUGUGACAGACAUCGUGCAGUGCAGUUCAUUGUCUGUCUUUUCAUUUGUUCAUCAUGGCUGCAAUAAGUGAAACUGUCCUCGAUGCGCUCGUGCUAGAACAUUUGGCGACAAAAGAUAAAACCUUGGCAGAUAUUUACCAGAAAAAGUACAAAUCGCCGAAACUCCCCAAAGGUUCACCCCGUCUGGGUGAGAUCGUGAAGCACUAUCAGGCCACCAAGAAACAGCUUGUGUUGCCCGGCAAAGCCGGAGCAAAGGAAGAAUCGUCUGAAGAAGAAGACGAGGAAGAUUCCGAUGAUGAUGAGGAGGAAGAGCAGGCGGCAGUAACGCCGGCGAAAAAACCCGUGGCCAACGGUAAGGCCGCCACGAACGGCAAUGCGGCUGCCAAUGGAAAGAAGGCUGCUGCAUCGCAGGAAGAGGAGGAAGAUGAUGAUGACGACGAUGACGAUGAUGAUGAGGAGGAGGAGGAAGAUGACAGUGAGGAAGAGGAGGAUACGCCAGCAGUGAAAGCCCCGGUCAACAAAGUGUCCCCGGUAGUGGCCAAGCAACAGCAGGCGGAAGAGGAUGACGAUGACGAGGAUGACGACGAUGAUGAUGAUGAUGAGGAUGAUGACGAUGAGGAUGAGGAGGAAGAUGAAAAGCCCAAACAGUUGCCGCUUGUUAAGCCGGGACAAAAACGCAAGGCCGACGAAAAGCAGAACAACGAAGAGGAGGAUGAUGAAGACGACGAAGAUGAGGAUGAGGAGGAAGAGGAAGAGGCCGAAGAGCAGAAACCUCCAGCGAAGAAAGCAAACAAACAGCAGCAGCCUCAAGGCAAGGUCCCUACUAAACCUGACAAAACGGCCAACGGUAAAGCGGUCCUCAACGGCAAACCGGUCCUUAACGGAAAGGCGCAAGAACAAUCCAAGAAACCGGCUACUCCUAAUGUAGUAGCAAAAUCGCCAGGAGUUGUUGCCAAGAAGGCAGAAUCUUCAGACAGCUCGGAUGAUAGCUCAGAGGAAGAUACUCCGAAACCGGCGGCGAAGACUGCAGCGCCAGCUAAAGCUACGCCUGCUAAGGUCGCUCUUGUGAAAGCUACUCCAGCUAAAGUAGUAGCGAAACCAGCAGCCCCUGUUGCCCAAAAGAAGCAGGAAUCGUCGGAUGAUAGCUCGGACGAUAGCUCUGAUGAAGAUGAUGCAAAGCCGGCGUUGAAAGCUUCGGCAAAUACACCAGCAAAAGCACCUGCUAAAGGUGCUCCUGUAGUUGCUAAGAAACAACAGGAAGAUUCGAGCAGCGAGGAUUCGUCCAGCGAUGAAGAAACUGCGAAGAAACCAGCCGCUCCUGUGAAAGCUACUCCAGCAAAAGUAGUACCAAAACCAGCAGCUUCUGUUGCUCAAAAGAAGCAAGAAUCUUCAGAUGAUAGCUCUGAUGAAGAAGAUGCAAAGCCGGCUUCGAAGUCUUUGGCAAAUACACCAGCAAAGACACCUGCUAAGGUCGCUCCUGUAGUUGCUAAGAAACAACAGGAAGAAUCGAGCAGCGACGAUACAUCAAGCGAAGAGGAAACAGCCAAAAAACCAGCUGCUCCAGUGAAAGCAACACCAGCAAAGACAUCUGCUGCUCCAGCGAAAGCAACACCAGCAAAGACACCUGCUAAGGUCGCUCCUGUAGUUGCUAAGAAACAGCAGGAAGAAUCGAGCAGCGAUGAUUCAUCAAGCGAAGAGGAACCAGCAAAACAACCUGCUGCUCCAGCGAAAGCAACACCAGCAAAGACGCCUGCUAAGGCCGCUCCUGUAGUUGCUAAGAAACAGCAGGAAGAAUCGAGCAGUGAGGAUUCGUCAAGCGAAGAGGAAACUGCAAAGAAACCAGCUGCUCCAGUCAAAGCUACUCCUGCUAAGACACCUGCUAAGGUCGCUCCUGUAGUUGCUAAGAAACAGCAGGAAGAAUCGAGCAGUGAGGAUUCGUCAAGCGAAGAGGAAUCUGCAACGAAACCAGCUGCUCCAGCCAAAGCAGUUGUAGCAAAACCAACAGGAGUUGCUGCUAAGAACCAAGAAUCUUCGGACAGUUCGGAUGACAGCUCAGACGAGGAAGAUGCGAAGCCAGCCGCGAAGGGAGCUGCAAACAAAUCGGCCAAGGCUCCGGUGAAGUCCGCUCCUGUUACUAAGCAAAAAGAAGCAUCGAGCAGCGACGAUUCUUCCAGUGAUGAGGAAACUGCAAAGAAACCAGCGGUUCCAGCUAAAGCAUUGGCAAAACCAUCUGCUGGUACUGCCCAGAAAAAGGAAGAAUCUUCGGACGACAGCACGGACGAUAGUUCUGAUGAGGACGCGGCGAACUCUACCACGAAAGUAGCAAAGAAGGCCCCCGCCGUUGUGCCGGUAGUUGUGAAGAAAAAGCAGGAGGAAUCAAGCAGCGACGAUUCAUCCAGUGAGGAGGAGAAGGAAACGGCGAAGAAGCCUACAGCCGCUUCAGUUGCCAAACCAGUAGCAUCAUCCACUGCCGCUAAAAGGAAACAAGAAUCCGAAGAAAGUUCGGAUGACAGCUCUGACGAGGAACCGGCGACUAAGAAACCUACUCUAACUGCAUCAACACCGAAACCGGCCGCAACAAAGGCGACAAAUUCUGGCGACACGAAACAAGCGGCGGGUCAAAAGCGCAAGGCUCAAGAUAGUCCUGCUGUAAAUGCACCAGCAAAGAAACCCUACAGCAACUUUGUUCGAGCUGCUGAUCAGGAAGGAACCAUCAAUAAGUUUGAAACGCCCCCGAACAAAAAAAAAAUCAAUCAACAGAACGGCUCCAGUAGCAGCGGGUUUGGAGGAAGUGGACGGAAAUCAUUUACAAACAGCGACGAGAAGCGUGGUGUAGAAAGGUUUCGCCGAGUGAAAGAGGAAGCCAUUCAGAUCGACAAAAGGCUGAAGGAUAAUUCCUACGAAGCCAAGAAAAACGCCCAUGGUGCUUACGGAGAGAAGGCGAACAUGGUCCUGAAGAAUGUAAGGGGUAAAAUGUUCCGCCACGAGAAGACGAAAAAGAAGCGCGCCGGAUACUUUGGUGGGAUGAUCGAUACGUCGGUGAAUUCGAUCAAAUUCGACAAUUAAAAUAGGCACCAUCAAGCUCGUCAACGGAGAGAACGCCUGGCACAUUCACUCGCUUCUUUUGGGUAUAUUUUAUCAUCCGUUCAUUUGUUGUCCAGUGUCUCACGUUUAGUCGGUCCUUGGAGCUGCGCGUGUGUUUGGGAGAAGGAAAAAUAUGCUACCGUCUGAAUAGUGGUUUCUGCAUUAUAUGUAACGAAGUCGUAUUGUUCAAUGCUUGUUCAACGAGAAAUUGUACUUCGUGCAAACAGUACUAGUUUAUAAGCGUCACAUUCUUUGCAUUAGAGGAGUCUCUAUCUGUGGGUAAAAUAAUGGACAGUGGACAAAAGUGAGAUCAGGUGUAUACUUUUUAUCUGUAUGAGUACAUUAUCCUUUAUAACCGUUUUGAAUCAAUUUACCACACAACCCAAACAGGAAGUAGAUUCAGGACAACAAUCUUGUUCUUGAGUAUAAAUGAGUAUAUAAGUAUCACAAAAUAUGCUAUUGUGAAAACUAAAGUGGUAAACAUGAACUACGAUUAUUGUGUCAUUAUAUAAAACAGUUACAAACAUACAUAAACAGUACAAUAAAUCUGUCACACAAUAGAA